CUAUUUUUUAAGCUUAUUUUUCCAAGAAAAAUCAAUGGGGAGAACACCUUGCAGUGACAAGAAUGGCCUCAAGAAAGGUCCCUGGACUCCCGAUGAAGAUCUUAAGCUCAGCAGUUAUAUUCAGAUUCACGGCGCGGGAAGCUGGAGAAACGUCCCUAAGAAAGCUGGUAUAUAUAUAUAUAUAUAUAUAUAAACUUUGGUUUUAAUACAGGUUUUAAUAAUGGUUUUGUUUGAACUGUUUAGGGCUGCAAAGAUGCGGGAAGAGCUGCCGUCUAAGGUGGAUGAACUACCUGAGACCGGAUAUCAAGCGGGGGAGGUUUUCGUUUGAAGAAGAAGAGACUAUAAUUCAACUACACAGUAUUUUCGGAAACAAGUGGUCGGCGAUUGCUGGUCGGUUGCCGGGGAGGACCGACAACGAAAUCAAGAAUUACUGGAACACUCAUAUCCGGAAAAGGCUUGUGAGGAAUGGGAUCGAUCCCAUAACACAUGCGCAACGCCUUGAUUUGCUCGACCUUUCUUCCAUUUUCACCUCUACCUUGUGCAACCAAUCUUUUCUCAAUCAGUCCAACUUAUUAGACGCACAAACUCUUUUAAAUUCAGAGAUGCUGCUGCAAUAUCUCCACCAAAACCAGUUUUGCAAUUCUCAGUUUCAGCUUCAGCAUCAAGCUCCCAUUCAAAGCCAAUCUAAUAUGAUGACAAACUGCAGCAUUUUCCAGGAAAUUUUGACGGAUUAUGGUAAUCCAGCGGCUCCCUUUAUAUCUGAAAAUCCGAACUCGUUAUCUCUGGCUGGCAGUCAAAAUUUUAGUUUUGAUUCUGUGAGGUUGACGCCAGAAACUAGUCCGAUUCCUUUGAAUUUAUCAUCUACAUUUAUCAACGACAACAAGGAGAUAGAAAGAUUCGAUGAUUUGCUGGAGUUUGAAAUUCCAGAGGGUUUGAGUAUUAAUGAUUUUUUGUAAAUUAUUAUAUAUUUACAUUAUUUAUAGCUUAAAUCUAGAGUUUGGAUUUGUAAAAACACACCAUCAUUUUUUGUAAUUUUGGUUUGUUUGAUUUUAUUUAUUUAUUUA